GGAAGUGUUACGCACAAACAGUUCCGUGGAGCUCUGGCCAAAUCGUUAAGUUUAGCCGGGGUUAUCCCGGGUUAAGUUAAGUUAUCGACAGAAAGUCCAGCAGAAUGCCGAACGGUUCGGAAGCCAGGGACGGGUCCACACAGAAGUUCGGCGCUUCGUUUUCUGACUAAGUUGGUCCGGACUCGGACUGAUCAUGUCAGGAGGAAGACCCGGUGGGAGUCGGUCAGAACCACGGAGCGGGUUCAGACCGUGGUUCGGUUCGGUUCUGUCGGUUCUGGGCUCUGCUGUUACUGUGGCUGUUGUCGGCUUCUUUUGUGCUCUCGUUUACCCCAUUCUGAGAGAGCUACGAGCAGAAAGGAUGACAGAAGAAAGUGGGACAGAGGAGAGGGUUCUCGGGUUCUGGACUAUCCUGGUGCUGGCAGUGCUCGUAGGAUGCGUCUGCUGUGUCUUCUCAUGGACUAUCACCUACUUGGACACUCACCAGCCUGGCAGAACGUUUCCAUCCCUCCUGUCACUGCGCAGCUUCAGACAUGAACCUGGGUUUAACCUGAAGUCCGGGGUUGCUGCUCUCAAUGGGAUCAUGGUCGUCCUCACCGUCAUCUGGAGCCUGUCCUGAAACUCUCACUGACCAGCAGAUGAUCAGAGAAACUGUUCAACAUCACAUCAGACCAUCUUUGUCCUGCUAGUUGUCUCUGUCCACACUGAAGACACUUUAGUUAUGUGUGGACCAAGAGUCACUGAAUUCAGUCAGAGCUGUUUUAAAUGCAAAGAGUCACAACUUCAAACACUGUGCAUACUCUCAAACACCUGGUAUACUCUCAAACACCUGGCAUACUCUCAAA